CCACCAGCCUGAAGCUUCGUCUGUUUGGUCACCGAGUUCUUCCUCUCCUCUUUCUAAGAAGGGGGAGAUAGUUCACUCUGUGGCCCCCAGUUAAAGAUACAACUCAAACAUUCUCUAAUCCAAGUUACAUUUUAUUUCAGCACAUUUACAUAAAGCCUGUUUGUUCUCCACAGAUCAAAUCAGCAGAACUGAGAACAACUCCGUGCAAACAGCCAAUUAGCAUGCAAUGUAUCCGCCAAGUCCGGUGUGUGACAAAAUUCUGGACUGCAGCGGCAACACCCGAGCUUCUCAAAGUGACAAAGUUGCACAGAUCUGUGAACACGCUGCAACAGAGAAAGCAGACGAUGGCAGAGGAGAAACCAUGGGCUCUGAUCUCAGAGGUGGGCGACGAGGGUUUUCAUGAGGAUGCCGUCGACAUCGUGAAACAACACUUCCGCGUCGUCUGCCUCGGGGAGUUUUUACAAAAUCCAGUCCUGCAUGGCCCUAAGAUCCAGGCCGUGCUCAUGUGGAACUACAGCCCUGCAGCCGAGCCUUCCCUGCUGAGCCGCCUGCCAUCGCUGAAGGUGGUGGCCAACGGCGGCGUGGGCAUCGACCACCUGGACGUGCCGUACAUCAACAGCCUCGGCGUGAAGGUGGCCAACACUCCCGGCGUGGUGAGCGAUGCCACGGCGGACAUGGCCAUGGCUCUCCUUCUGGCUUCAGCGCGGACCGUCGUAGAAGGUCACCUGAUAUCAGUGGAUCCGAAGACCACCCAUUUACCACAAAGCCUUAUGGGAGUUGAAGUCACAGGGUCGACUCUGGGCAUCAUUGGAAUGGGACACAUCGGGUACAAAGUGGCUCAGAGAAGCAAAGGCUUCGGCAUGAGGAUCCUUUACCACAACAGAAACAGAAGGAGUGUUGAAGAUGAGCAGGCAGUCGGGGCGAGGUACUGUGAGAAACUGGACGACCUGCUGAAAGAAUCCGACUUUGUUGUGCUGGUGGUGAACCUGACCCCCGACACCACCGGCCUUAUCAGCCACAGAGAGCUGUCACUCAUGAAACCCACGGCAACGCUCGUAAACGUCAGCAGAGGUCUGGUUGUGGAUCAGGACGCUCUAGUCAAAGCUCUGAAGUCGGGAACGAUCCGGGCUGCAGCCUUAGAUGUGACUCACCCUGAACCUUUACCCAGGGAUCAUCCGCUCCUCAGCCUCCCCAACGUGCUGAUAACGCCCCACAUUGGGACCAGCACUCUCGCGACAAUAAGGAAGAUGGUGCAGCUGAUGGUGGAUAAUGCUUUGGCAGCAGUGAAAGGCUUGCCUCUUCCUAACGAAGUCAAAACAAAAUAACUUUCUUUUUGAAGACAACAUCAAGGAAGUGUUGAUUUCUUUUCCUCUUUUUACCUGCAACUUUCAUACUUUGACAUCGAUACUUGGACAUUUUUGAGCUGCAACCACAUCGACUUCCUGUUGGUUUUAGCCCUGUUGAUACCUGGGAUGUGUACUACUUUUAUACCUAAAUUAGUUUUUAUAUGCCAUAAAGCAGGCCCAAUUAUUCUACUGUAUUUUUUUUUUUUUGGCUAUUAGUCAUUAACUUUAAUGUCAAAUAAUAUAUAAAACCCUAAUUGAAGUUUUGUAAUGUAUAGCAUUUCCCCUACAAUGUGAUUUAAGUGUAGUGCACAAUUAUUGAUAUGGUGUUCCAAAUUUUGUUCAAUAAAUAUGAUCAUUAAAACAUUUUUUUCUA